GGAAGUUGCGUCAGUUGCUGCCGGAAGUGGAGCCAAUUUUCAAACCGAGCGGCGCAGCUGGAGCUGACAGGGUAGGACCACAGCAGUUGCAAUUGUAUUAACAGAUACAGGUUGAUGUUAUCUGCUGAUGUAGAAGGAGAGAAUGCCAAUUCGCGCCUACUGUACAAUUUGUUCUGACUACUUUGAUAAUUUCAAGGAUGUGGCAGCCAUCCAUUGUGGGCACACGUUUCACAAUGAGUGUCUCGCUCAGUGGUUUCACAGUGCCCCAUCUCGGACCUGUCCUCAGUGUAGAAUAAAGGUCAGUGCAAAACACAUCAUCAACAAGCUGUUCUUCGACAUAGGUGAGAGCGAGCAGGUGUUGGAUGCAGAAACGCUCCAGAAUGAUUUGGACAGAGCAAAGUCUCAGCUGUUACAGAAAGAGAAAGAGAAGAAGGAUCGGCAGUCAAUCAUUGAUAAACUGAGAAACACCCUGGACGAACGCAACACGAGAGUUGAGUCUUUGCUGAAGGAGCUGACUGAGACAGAAAUGCUGUGCUCCACUCUCAAGAAGCAGAUGCAGUACCUGGAACAGCAGCAGGAUGACUCCAAAUCUGCAAAGGAGGAGGCACAAAGGCUUCGACGAAAAUUGAAAACGUUAGAAAAUAUUCAGGUGCUGCUUCAAAGCCAGAGGCCAGAAGUCGAGGAAAUGAUCCAGGAAAUGGGAAUAGGACAAUCAGCAGUAGAGCAGCUGUCCAUUUACUGUGUAUCCUUAAAAAAGGAAUAUGAAAACUUGAAGGAGACAUUUAAAUCAUCCAUUGAUAUGUCUGAGAAGCUCAAGAGAGAACAUUUUAUUACCACCUGCAAGUUGGAGAAAAGUGUAUCACAGCUGGAGAAAAUAAAAGAGGAGCUGCGUGCAUCACAAGAGGAUGUGCGAAAUGCAGACAAAGAGAUCAUGAAUCUAAAGAAGAAAGUGGAAUUCCUCCAAAAGUCCCUCAGUACACCAAAUCGCACCAAUGAGGCAAUCAGCCGCUUAAUCUUUGAGAGCCCCGCUCCUAUGGAUUUACAACACCCUAAACUGCACAAGCCGACUGUUGGGGAGGAUAUUGAUCUGUCCCUGACGUACGACUUUGAUACUCCAGAUCGUACUCCUCUGACAUCUGUCAGUACUUCGUCGAAGAAGAUAAAACUAGACACAGCAGGGUUAUCCAGGCUAAAUCAGCCUUUUAAAUCACUGGACAAAUCAAAGAAAACGAACAAACAUGAGGAUGAUCAUAUAAUCCCGGCAUUCCUCAAAAAUUCCAUGUUAUUCCAAAAGAAACCAUGUGGGGGCUUCUUGGAUCCACACAGAAACCAAGGAUCAGUGCGGACGGGCUUCGAUGGGCUGGGAGGAAGAACCAAGUUUAUUGAACCUACUAAACUGACUGAAAUCCGGCCACUGCCGUUAAAGGCAAAGAGGAAAAAAGUGUCACGGCCGAUUGUCAAUGCCUCCGUCCGCCACCAGCCCAAACUGGAGAAUUUUCUUAUUUGAUUCUCGAACUUUCAGGGAUGCUGUUCGACCUUGAACUGAACACCAGUAGUAUGUUAAUGUUGACACCACUAACUGUGCCUAUGCUGGAAGAGUGCAGCUGGUCUGCACUGUACAACAUAACAGGAGCCAAACAUCCUACAGAGUUGUCAGCAUGAGAAGUGAUCAAAGUCAACAAACCCAAAAGCAAAAAACCUUGUUCUUCCUCACUACAAUUAAACCAGCAGGCAGCCCACCAAUGUUACCCUGGUCCUGGAAAGCCUAAAUCACAUGACAUUCUAAAAAUAAGUAAGUAUCAUGAUAUUGAAUAAAACCCCUACUAUCAGGAGGGAAGCGGUAAAAGGAUGAAACAACUUUGAAUGAAAUCAUCUCUUGUAGUGGGAAUAAUAACAGAUAUCUGUUUGGCUUUGCCUCAUCAUCCUGAAAUACUAGUACUUGGGAUUACAACAUAUUCACCCGUCAAGACACAUAAAGCAUGGGUUAGGUACAGAGUAAAUCUGCCUGAUGAUCACUAGCUACCCCUGCACCAGUGUGACAACUAGCUGUUUCCUACAGUAAGUGUCUUUCCCUGAAUGAGGCUGUCACAUCUGUACCAAAUUAGGUGGCUUUAUGGUAAGGAUUUAAGAGUUUGCGCAGUUUUAGGGUUCUAGUUUUAGACUGUCCAAACUUAUUUUUGCAUUAAUUUGCUUUAGUAUAUCUCUGAGCCAGCACCACACCAUUUCACAGUGAAUCCAUGUUGUUAGGAAGGCGAGGAGAUGUCCUCCUCUGGUUUGGGCUGGAUUUGAAGUUGAUCCAGUCCCAAAGUUUAGCUCAUGAUCAUUUAGCUAAGGGUUUCUUUUUGUGGACUGGACUAACGUGUCUAUUUGGGUCACUCACAGAACUGCCUUGAUUGAUUGUAAUGCACUGGUGACUUUAUGCUAUCAGCAUAAAGUCUAGGGACACUUGCCACAUCAGUCACCAUAGGACUCUUUGCUUGUGCAGGAGUUUGAUCUGUUUGAUACUUUAAUGUUACAAUGAUACAGCAGAAGCACCCAGUUCUUGUGAUUCGCUCUGUUCUAUAGCAGACACUUAAUAUACACAUUGAUCUACGACAGUUUUGUUUAUGAAGUUUUAGAGUAAAGUUAGAUGAUUUUUGCAGAGGUUAUAUCUUACAAUCAAAGAUACAGCCCAUUUUUCCAUUUCUAUUUUCUUUAAAUAUGAUAGCCGGUGGCAUUGAGGGAACUGGUCCGCUUUGAUUGCUGAGCCUGACCUGAUGGUGCACAGAUACUAAACAAGCAUUGUUGGAGAGAGUCAAUAACACUGAGGGAGAUUCAACUGCCUUGCAAUUCUAAUUGUGUUUUAAUUUAGCUACCUUGCACUGUCAGGCUCAGUAAUUAUUUCAGUCAUCCUUUAAAUGCUCAGCACUUAUAAAACGAUGUAAAAUAUGGUUAUAAUUCUUCUUAACUGGUAGCUCAUGGAGACCUGCCUCCUCAUCUUGCCCCAUGCUUGCAGAGCGGUGACCCUCCAGCUAUAUAUAAGCAACUGUCUCUCUCUAAUGGAGAAACAUACCUAUGGUCCUUUGUGGGUUAUGUUUAAUUACUUACUUACCAUUAUUAAUUUUAAUAGAGGUGCUGCCGAUGAGCUCUUCAAAAGAGUGGUCCCUGAUGAAAAUGCCUCUUUAAAAAUCUCAGAUAACAAGUCCUUCAAAUAAGGUUGAAACUUUCUGAUUGAUGUAAAUUUAGGACAAUAUUUAAUAUUUUUUAAAACUCUGUAUAAAUACAACACUUAUUUAAAAUCAAAUUGGCGGAAAAUAAGAAUGUUACUUCAUCAACCGUGAAUUGAUUCCUAAAUCUUCUAUUAAUAUGAUAAUGAGAAAUCAAAGAUCGUUUACCCCCUCCCAUUGGACAAGCAAUGAGAACAUUGUUUUUACUUGGUUUGUAACUGUUUUUUUCUGUAAUUAUUGCUUGAUUUAGAUGAGAUUUUCACCUUAGGUUUAAUAUUGUACUCUCAUCGAAAUAGGAUUCAGCUUUUAAAACAAGUUUUGCUUUUGCGUGGGAUUCCUCUGACUACCAAGCUGGUUUUCUUCUGUUUCAGUUUGGUUGGGGCAACAAAUGUAUCUGUAAGCAGCGCAUCCCAAAGGCUAGGUUGUAGGAGAGCACGCAAUUAAACUCCUCCAAUGCCCGUGGUGACCUGGGCCAUUCCAGUGGAGCUUAUGGAUUGUCAUUGGAAGCCAAAGAAUGACAUCUGUUCCUUCGCUGUUGGUUUAGAAGCAUGAGGCAGCACAAUGUGGCCAUUCAGCCCAUCAUGCCUGUGCUAGACACCGUGUACUGCCUGCUUCUAAAUGAUUGGUGAAAUAAAUGACCAUAAAGAGUGUCACACAUCAAAGGCCUUUCGGUUUCUUAUCUCCUUGUAGCUUUUAUUUAAAGGUUUUACCAGUGAGCAUUGCAACAAUUCAGUCCUCAAAUCCAGAGCCACUUGGUCAGAAAGAUUAGACUUUGAUCAGGAUUUCUUUAGAUUGAAAGAUUAAAUAGGCUGUGGCACAAAGAUUUCAAACUGAAUUACUGAAAACAGAUUUUGCAAUCUGUAAAGAAGUGAUUGAUAUUUAGCAUCUGCUGCUGUUACCAGUGAAUCUUGGCAGUGAAUCGACUUUAUCUUUGAGUGAAACAUCCCUCUAUUUUGUACUUUGGAUCUGAAUUGCGCUUGGAUUAGGUCUAUGCAGUCAGUUGGAACUGACAGUAAUUACAGGUUGAACUUGAUGGCUUAGGCUACAUUUUUCCUAUUGGUUUUCUUUUGAGAUUAGAUGAAUUUUCAAAUAUGAUUUGUGUUGGGUAUUUGUCCCAAACCUUUUGUGAAACAGCUUUCCGGAAUCAUUUUCAAUCUGAUUCACCCGGUAUUGGAUAUUUAUUGCUUGACAUCAGGAAUAGAUGAACCAGGGAAAAUGUAACACCUGGGGCUGAUGCAUGUUCACAAACAUGGGCAAUGGCAAUUGACACAACACACUCAUGAUCAAGCAAACAGAACCAGAUUCUUCUAAAGAACUUUUUGCAUAUUAAUAAACUGUGGAGAAGCAGACCAAGACAUUCAGUCAUCGAUUGCACGUGCACACAACAGCCUGUGCUGAAUACUCAAAAUAGAGUUGCAUUGAGGCCAUUAUUUAAAGGGAAGGAUUACAAUUUCUGGACUAUAAUUAGUAAAUGAUUGGCUGCAAUGGGAUGUGUUCUAGAAUGACCUUGUGUAAAAUAAUUGCAGCCAUUUUGGGGUGCAGUCCACUACUUGAACUCAGGUGGCAAUUACCAUAGCCUUGCACCAUUGUCAACAUAUAUUAGCUUUUGACUCACACUUAUGCUUCCAGAAGUUCCCAAGUGCUCUCUAGUUUUGUGGCUCUUUUCUGGAGACUGUUAAUCUUUUUUUGGUUCAUUCCAAUGAUGAACCAGGUUCCUGUACAACUGCUAGUUAAAAAGAUGAAUGAAACAUGUUUAUGUUUCUUGGACAUCAAUGUAUUGGGUUAUUUAUGUAUGUUUGUUGUAAAGCAUCUGAGACCAUUAAAUAUUUUGGCACAAAA